AUGUCGCUCAAACAACUUUCCUUGUUCGCGAGCAAAAUGAUUUAUUUCAUUUGGUUCAACACAUACACAAAUGAUGGAAUUUGUGGAAGGUUUACAGAAAGUAAUCCUGUUCGCGAGUUUUAUAAAUUUGUUUAUAAAUUGAUAUAUGGUAUACAAGCACCUUACUCUUUGGUACUCUUGACGAUACUUUACGUUGGUCGUUUAAAGUUGAGAUCUCCGGCCGUAGUCCAACAAGAUAAUUCUGGUGGUACUGAAUAUCGAGCUUUCGUUUGUGCUCUGGUGGUCGCAAAUAAAUAUUUGGAUGAUAAAUGCUUUAUUAAUUCUGCGUGGGUUGAGGCCCUUAAUACCACUGCCUUAGAUCUCACUCAGUUCGAAUUUGAGUUCUUGAAAUCGAUAAAUUAUGAUCUUUACGUAUCUGAAAUCCAAUAUAAUGAGUGGAUUCAAACGUUGGAGGGAAUUAUAAAUGCUGGCGAUCAAUAUAUCUGUUUUAAAAUCUCAUCGCCGGAGUUCCAGUAUACAGUCCAUCAACAAAUAUCGAUGUUGCGCAAAAGGACUUAUAAAAUAGCCUUUGGGGAUCAGUUUGGAUGUGGAAUGUUCGUAUCAGCAUCGAAAAGAGCAAAACUAGAUGACCAAGAAGUUGUAUCACGAGAAAUGUUUUCUCUUCCUGAAAGUUCUCAAAGAAAGAUAAGACAAAUAUGUAAAGAACUAAUGGUACUUGCUAAAGAUGUGCAACUUGUUGUCGAUAAUAUGGGUGCAUAUAUGAUACUCAGAGACAACAUAACGAAUUUGAUAGAAUCUGUUAGUGAUAAUACAUUAUUUCCUUACAUUAUGAACAUAAUGACUAUUCCAGAAGAAAGAUAUAACUCAAUGAAGAAUAUGUCUGAUUCUGAUAUAUCAGGACUAUUAUUUAUUACAAUAAACCCCACUAACUCAAACAGGCAAUAA